UAAUGUGUUAAUUCUUUCACGAAAAUUGUUUACAGACGUUGAAUUGUGCAACGUCUGUCGUCUAAGAAGAGUGCAGCUAGUGCAGCAUCUUCAGAAGUGAAAAGUAUACCUACGAUUUCCAAUUCGUUAGGUGUUGUACCUAUUUUUUGUUAGGACUGUGAGCACCCGUGUCAUUAAAAAUGAGUGAUAAUACAUCUGUUAAAGUCGCUGUCAGAAUAAGACCGUUGGUACCUAGUGAGAUAUCGAAAGGAUGCAGAGAAAUACUUGACGUCGUAGAGGAAAAUGAACAAAUUAUUGUCAGAAGCACUGACAAAGAUAAACCCUUUACUUUCAAUUAUGUCUUACCAAGCUCUACACCGCAGGAGGAAUUGUAUAAAAGAUGCGUCCAACCUCUAAUUGGGAAUCUGUUUAAGGGCUACAACGUCACAAUAUUAGCCUAUGGCCAGACAGGAUCGGGAAAGACCCACUCGAUGGGCACAGCUUUUAAAGGCGAAGACGACAUGGGUGUAAUACCCAGAGCAGUUGCGGAAAUCUUCGAAUUUAUAAAGGAUAAUUUUGCUUUAGAUUUUACAGUAACAGUAUCGUUCAUGGAAUUGUACCAGGAAGUCCUUUACGAUUUGUUGUCGAACAAAGCACGAGAUCAAUGUACACUGGAAAUCAGAGAAGAUACUGUAAAAGGUAUACAUAUUCCAAAUUUAACAGAAGUUCCAGUGCAAUCGGCAAUUGAGGUACUAGAUUCUUUAACAAGAGGCUCUAUAGGUAGGGUGACCGGAUCAACUGCCAUGAAUGCCCAGAGUUCAAGAAGCCAUGCAAUCUUCACCGUAAACAUAUCGAUUAAUAAUAAGAAUAAUUGUCGAGAGAAUAAACAGGCAAAACUGCAUUUGGUCGAUCUGGCCGGUUCAGAGAGACCGAAAAAGACUGGCGCUGCCGGAAACACAUUUAAAGAAGGAGUGCACAUAAAUAAAGGAUUGUUUGUACUUGGUAACGUGAUCAGCUGCCUGGGCGACGAAAAAGCCCAACAUGGAUUUAUUCCGUACAGAGAUAGUAAUCUCACAAGGCUCCUAAAAGACUCGUUGGGUGGCAACAGCAUCACAUUAAUGAUUGCCUGUGUCAGUCCCGCGGAUUACAACUUUGAGGAAACGUUAUCUACACUGCGAUACGCCGAUAGGGCCCGAAAGAUUAAAAACAAACCUAUCGUGAACCAGGAUGCUAAAGUUGCCGAAAUAAAUGACCUUAAGAAGACGAUUCAGCAUUUAAGGCUUCAAAUUGUAGGACAAGGAGGUCCCAUCAUAUGCCCAGCAGAGAUCGAAUUACUUAAGAAGGAGAUUGUCGAUUUAAAGCUGAAAAUUCGAGAUCUCACUGUACAGCUGUCUGCGGCUCUUAUCGAUAAGACUGGAUUACAUGAGAAAAUAAUGAUCCUACAAAACGCCAACGAGGGCCUGAACAAGAAAAUAUUAGAUUUAAAAUGCCAGUACGAUAUAACCUUCCACAACAUAAGUACCGGAUUGGAGACGAACGAUACCAACUUAAUCAAAGAAAAUUUGACAAAGAUGCAACAAAUCCAAAGCCAGUUCCUCGAGAUUAAUUCUGAACAAAAGAAGACUGAAGCUGAAAUAAGAAACCACGAGGAAUCCUUGAACAAACAUUUAAUGUCUCCUCCAACGAACCACGCGGACAGCGAAAUCCAAGAGAAAGAAGAAAGCCAUACCACUCGACAGAUGGCACUAAAUUCCGAACUGCUGGAAAUCCAGAAACAACUGAUACUGAAAGAGAGUUUGGCGGUACAACUCGCCAGUAAUAACCAGUACAUGGUCGACUACAAAGCGAUGGCCGAUAACGAAGCAAAGAUCGCUCUUUUGCAGAAAGAGAAAGAGGAAUUGUUGCAGCAGGUGAAGAACGUCCAGGCUCAAGGUGCUUCGAGUAAAAUCGCAGAACAGAGAAGGAAAAGAGUUCAGGAGCUGGAGGCGCAGCUGCAGGACUUGCAUAAAAAGGUACACGAGCAAGCCCGCCUCAUUAAGCUGAAAGAGAAGGACGAGCUGCGGAUCGGCAAACUAAACCAAGAAAUAUUCCAAAUGAAACAGAACAAAGUGAAGUUGGUGCGAACGAUGCGUGAAGAGAGCGAGAAAUUUCGGCAGUGGAAGCUGGAGAAGGAGAAGGAGUGCCAGCGGCUAAAGCAGCAAGACAGAAAGAAGGAGAACGAAAUAGUCAAGAUGAAAGCUAUGCACACUAAGCAACAGAACGUUUUUAAGAGGAGGGUCGAAGAAGCGGAGGCAUUGAACAAACGUCUGAAAAACAUCCUAGCCGUGAGAAAACAAACGCAGGACUCUAAGCUCAGCGGGAAGGCCGAACGGAUCGGUCCCUGGGUCAAACAAGAGUUCGAUAUUUACGUCAAUCUCGUUGAGGCAGAAGUUACACUGUCGGCUCUGUUAGAAGACCGGGCUACACUUCAGCAACAGUUGGACGAGCUCAGAGCAGACCCGGAAACUGCGGAAGGUGCCGAGUGUAACACCAUCGCGGAAGAUAUAGAACUGAGAUCCGUGCAAAUACAGGAUUUACAACAGAAACUUUUAUACUCGGACGAAGAAAACAGGUCAAAAACGAGGUUCGAUAAGUUCCAAUCAAUCGGGGAGGCAAAGUUUGCUUUAAAGCUGGUAUUUGAACAAGCAGCUGAAAUGCAGAAAGAAAAAGUACAUACCCAGUUGAAACUAAACGAGCUGCAGGAAUCGUUCAAUGAGUUGCAGGAAAAAUUGAAAACCUCCGACGCUAACUACAAACUUAGGGAGGAAAAAAACUUAGAGCAUCUGGCUCAGCUGCAAAAAGGUUAUGAAGAGAAGGUGUCUAUUUUGUUGCGGCAAUUGAGAGGCGUGAAAGUAGAAGAUGUGAGCGAAGAAGACGAAUUAAGACAAAUGUGUAAGAUACAACAAGAGAAAAUACAAGAACUGGAAGAGAAAAUAAAAACGAUCCAGAAUCGACAAGAAUUUCAUACGCCAAUUCUGAGCAGUAAGAAGAGAACGGUACCAAAUGUGAUAGUAACCGAAGGGACCUUUAUUAUGGAUGACAAGGAGAACGGAGCAGUAAGUGAAACUGAUUCUGACGAUGACGUUGAAAACGAUCCGGACUGGAGGAAGACACCGCUGGGGAAGCGCAUCCUCGAAGAAAAGAGAAAACUCACGUUAGUGAGGAAUGCUCCGAGUUUCAACCGCAAUGUCCCAGUAAAACGAUCCUCCGAGGGUGGAUGUACCUGUAAAACGAAUUGCCAGAGUUCCAGGUGUGGUUGUAGAAAAACUCUCACGGUCUGUGGUGAUUCCUGCAAAUGUUCCGCCGGUACAUGUGAAAACAGGAAUAAUGAGAAAGACACAUCGGCAAAUUCAGAGUCGGAAGAUGCAUUUAAGAAGCCAAGGUACUUUGAUGAGGACGAACAACCCAGAAAAUCAAAGGUCAAGUCCAGGCAGCUGUUUAAGAUGCAAAUAUAAUGUACAUUUUUUUUAAUAUGUGAUGUUAAUGUAACUUAUUUUUUAAUGUGUGUGUGGUGUGUAUAUAUUUCGUAAUAAGAAUGUUGUAUAUAAUAUUUAUUUUAACAGGAACUGACUGAAAUCCAUGUCACGUCUUUAAUUAAUUAAGAAUAUAAUUGUCAUCAACCUCUGCUUAUGCUAUGUGGAUAUGGAAUAUAUUUUUUUACCUAUUUAUGAAACUUACGAAUCGAUUAAAAACUUUCAUCUUAA